AUGGCCCACAAUGCGGGAGCAUCGCCCACCCCCGGCGGCCCGCUCCACCAUGAGCCUGCCGCCAGCUCCUCGACCGCCAACCUCGCCCGAACACUCAGCGACCCCCCUAAGCGCCGCCUCUCGAGCGCCCACAAGCGGAGCGUGUCGGCAAACAUCCUGUCGAAGCUGCCAUUCCUGCGCAACUCGCCCGACGAUCGGCCUGCUGCGCAUGUCGCCCUCAGCAGCAAGGAGGACCGUGACGACGGGUCGCUGAGCUUGGGAACGAAGCGCAGCGGCGGGUCCAUGGCCCUCGCCCACGCUGUGCGACAGAGCGCCGUCAACACCACCUCCACCACCAGCGGCGGCCGCCGACGCCGCGGCUCCCUGCGAAAGACCGCCAUUCUCGGUACGCGCCAGCGCACCGCGCCCAAGAUUGACCCCAGACAACAGCACCUCGACACCAUGGCUUCAGGAACACAGAAACCACCAAUCUCGCCCAACCAGCAUCCCGCGAGCCUCGCUCCCCGUCCCUUCACCUACGCAAACCCCUCCGCUACCUCCUCGUCCGACAGCGGCUGGAGCGGUGGCUCCUCGUCGGCCCCAGCCCCGAGUAUGCCGCCCGACAACACCAAUUCCUCCGCCAGAGCGCCGCGUUCGGGCGUGCUGGCCUCGCCCAUCUCUAGUCCUGUCACUAGCCCGGGCGCGAACCCCUACGCCAGCACCACCGAUGACGACAAUGACUCGGUCGCCUUCCGCCGCCCCUCCUCCCCGGGCGGCAGUGGCAGCGGCCACCUGUCACCGAGCUACUUCCCGAUGCAGUCGCUGAGCAGCAGUAGCCUCCUCCAGCAGCGCCGCCGCAGCGCCGUCAAGACGAACUCGUCGACCACACGCCAUUCGUCGCCGCUGUCGCUGCCGCCAGCCACCACCACCUUCGACCUCGUCGACGAAUGGGACUACAGCGAGACGGAGUGGUGGGGCUGGGUCGUGUUGAUCGUCACAUGGAUUGUCUUCGUCGUCGGCAUGGGCAGCUGCCUUGAGGUGUGGAGCUGGGCCUGGGAUGUCGGCGAGACUCCCUACGCCCCGCCCGAGCUGGAAGAUGACCCUACCUUGCCCAUUGUCGGCUAUUAUCCCGCCUUGAUGGUUCUCACCGCCGUGAUGGCGUGGGUUUGGGUUGUGGUUGCUUGGGUGGGCAUGAAGUACUUCAGGCACGCCAAGGUGGUUGGGGACGAUGGUUGA